UCCCACAUUGAGAAGGUCGUCGUGUGUGCACCAGACACCGCAUACGCUGUAACGUACACGCGGGCAGCGUGCUAUGCGGUGUUGGAGCCGCGCGUUAACGCCAUUCAACAGCAUGUCACUGCGGAGUUGAUGAAAUUAGGUAUCAUGGACGAAGACACCCAGUGCAUCAACGGAAAAGUGGAGGUGUUGCUGGUCGGGGAGAAUUCUCGGUGGGAAUGGCUGCGCAGCGCACUGGAACAGUUAACUAAUAGUCCAGUGUUUGCCGGGGCAGCGACUUAUGAGGACAAUGCCGAGUCGUACGGUGCAGCGAUUGCCAGUAGACUGGUGGGAAGCUGUCCGAAUGCCAGUCGAAGGAAUGUGGUUUGUCGACUGGAGGAUGGAACCGCACUGGACAUGGGAGAAGUGAUGGAUAGUCUGCUGGUGAAGGUCACCUACGAUCCGGCUCAACCGACGCGGGAUACUUUCGUCACCGAGCGACCGGAUGCUGUACUUUCUGGCGAACUCUCCAUGGGUGGGCAUGAGAAACGGAGUACCUGUAUUAUUUCCGAUUGUCGUCUUCUCCGGACCAUGCGCGAGGCAAACUUAUGCAAAAGUGCACUGCAUCCAACUGGAAUGCCCGUCGCAGAAAGACGACCAGCCUGUUGUGCUUAUCAAUAUGGUGGUGGGAGUAGAUGUCCACAUCAAGUUGCAGGAAGAGCACUACCCAAAAGACCAUUUGUGGCUGCAGGUGCCCCUUAAGUAUCGGUGCGACGUUGGCCGGAGCAGUCUGUGGUUUAUAGCCAAGAAGCCCGCCGAUUAUGGGCCGUUUAUAGAGGACUAUAAGGCGCGACUACGCGACAUUCAAAUCGCGUUUCCUUUUGCUGCUAACGCGGAAACAUUACUAAAAAAGCCGUAUUAUUCCUCUUUGGGUGCGUUUGCGGCUCUCGUUUCCGACCAAGUGGACACUGAGAACGCUGAGGAAGCCCCCGAAUUACGCGCCAGUAUUGUCUCCGUCACUCGCUGCCCGGUGCAGGGUCUGGUUAUUAUCGUUCAAGUAUGCGAUGAAGUCUCCUGCCAUCUGUACAUUGCGCACAUGCUGAAGCAUACACUUUCCAUUGUACGGCCGAAUAAGAUGAACCGAGUGCGGGAGGAGCCAGAUACGGUGGUGGUCGAGUUCACUCGCCACAAUUCUGAAAGUGUUCGGAUUAUCUUUCCCGAUGCAGUCACGGGUCGGGCAAUUGUUCGUAAGUGCGGAUUUUCUUUAUCUUCUGGUUUUUAAGCCACCUAAAAAGGACUCUGCAACGCAUGUUCAUACUUUGUACCCCGUCUUUAUAGCGUUCGGUUUACAUAAAUUGAAACAGUUAGUAACAUUGCUAAUGAUUGCUUACGUAUGGGCUGUAUUCUUGCCAUAAUAACUUCCAUGGUCCGACGCAUGUACUGAAUUAUGUCAUAAUUCUGUU